CUCAUCCACUCAUCCACUCAUAAUUACAUUAUUUAUCGCACUUCGAGUGAAGUAUCCACGUUGUACAUUGCAAUCUCCUUGAACUCCUGUCAAAAUGCCUGCUACCACCAUCAAACUCAACAACGGUCAACAGAUCCCCGCUCUCGGGCUCGGAUGCUGGAUGUCGAAACCCGUCGAAGGCGACAACCCGGAGACGUAUGAAAUGGUCGUUCAAGCCCUCAAGACUGGGUACCGUCAUCUCGAUACCGCCGCAGGAUACGGUAACGAGAAAGCUGUCGGUCGAGCCGUCCGCGACAGCGACAUUCCCCGAUCCGGGAUCUUUGUCACUACCAAGCUCGGAUUCGACGGACAUGACGACGUUGAGGGUCAUUUCAAGAAGUCGUUCGAUGCGCUUGAUAUCGAGUACAUCGACCUGUUCCUGAUGCACUGGCCUCAAGCUAAAAAGGGAGACGAUUGGGUUCCCAAGGACCAAUCCCCGACUUUCGUCGAGACGUGGAAAGAGAUGGAAAAGCUUGUUAAGGGUGGCAAGUGUCGAUCCAUCGGGGUAUCGAACUUUUCGGUAGAGAACCUGGAAUUCUUGUUGAAAUCUGCCGACAUCGUUCCGGCCGUGAACCAGGUCGAAGCCAACAUCUACCAUCCCCAAGCCUCCCUUCACAAGUACUGCGCGGAGAAGAACAUCCACUUGACUGCUUAUUGUCCUAUUGGACAGCCCAAGCCCGAGGUCGGGAGCAAGGUGUUGAAAGACGAGGUCUUAAUUGGGUUGGGAGAGAAGUAUGGGAAGCCCGCUGCUGCUGUUGCGUUGAGCUGGUUGGUCCAGCGUGGCAACUGGUCGGCUGUCCCUAAGAGUGCCAACCCAACCCGUAUGGCCCAGAACCUCGAGAUCUUCGAACUCGAGAAGGCCGACUUUGAAGCCCUCUCCAAGGUGCACGAACAACCGGGCAAGUUGAUGAUCAGCUGUGAUUACGGGAGUGGGGAUAUCAUGGAAAAGGGAGAGAUCUUCGGGUGGUCGUUGAAGGAUAUGGGCUGGGAGAAGUUGGACUAGACCAAAAAUCGGAACGGAACAGGGAGAAGGUGAUUAUCAAUAUACUUUGUAAGCGAAAGGUCGGCUAUAUGUGUAUCUGAAAGGUCGAAUCGGUAUAUGAAAUGACGAGGAAUAAUCAAUCAAGAA